AUGAACAAGUCAGAGAAAGAGUUUUGUUUAAAAUUAUUUAAAAUAAAAAAUGGAAACAUCAACCUAUUAAAAAAUCGAAUAACUCAUAUAAGUAUAAGUAAUAAAUGUAUUCAUUUGGUUUUGUGUAAUAAUACAUUGAUAAAAUAUAAUGUGGAAGAGAAUGAAUUAUCUUAUAUAGAUUUUUAUAACAAGAAAACGACUAAUAAUAAAGGAGAGAUACGAUCAAUAUAUUUUGAUAGAAAUUGUUAUCAUGGAUUUAUAUGUUUAGCAAAUAAAGAAUAUAUAUAUAUUCAUUUCGAAAAUAAUAUUAUAAAAAAUAUCAUGCAAUUAAAAAAAUAUAAUAUUACAAGUGUUAUAUUCAAUGAUUACACAGACAUCAAAAAUACAUUUCCAUUCCUUAUCUCAACAACAGAAGGAGAAAUAAUUGAAAUUAAUAUUAAUAAUAAAUCUUCAAAAAAUAUUGAUUAUGAAGUUAUAUUUUCAGAUGAUAAAUUAUCAAUUCUUGAUAUUAAUAUGAUUAAUAUAAUAAAAACUAAGACAUCACCAAAUAAUAUUAAUAAUAAUCAAAUUGUACAUAGGGAUGACAAUAAGGGUGAUAAGAAUGAUAAUAUCAGUGAUAAUAAUAUUAAUAAUAAUAUUAAUAAUAAUGAUCAUAAUAAUGAUCAUAAUAAUAAUAUUAAAGAUUUCCAAGAAAUGAUAAAAAUUAUUUAUUUUACUACAAGCAAUAGCCUACAUGAAAUAAGUUAUACAUUUAAGAAUUAUAAAAAUAAUCCUUAUGAUAAUAAUACAUUCACACAUGUCAAAUUAAAAACAACAUCCUUACCAAAUAAUCUUAAAAAACAAACCAAAGUUUUUGAAUCAUCUUUGGAUUCUUUAUGCUCCAUUAUUAAAAUUGAAAAUAUUAGAAAUAAAAAUUAUCUUUUCUGGUUAAAUGCAUGUUCUAUAUUUAUAAGUAAAAUUAAUAAUUACAAAUCACCAAAAUAUUAUACACAUGAUAAAAAAAAAAAUUAUAAUUCUUUUUUUAAUAAUAAUAUAAAUCAAAAUCAAAAUGUUUUCUCGUCAUCCUCUUCAUCUUCUGAUUCUUUUAGUGAUUCUGAUGGAGAUGCAGAACAUAUUUUAUCAUUAAGUGAUGAUGAUUAUUCAUAUGAAAUUAAUAAUUCAAAUAUUUUAAAUAAUACAAAUAAUAUGGAUCAUAAUAUAAAUAUUAAUAAUAGUAAUAAUAUUGACAUCAGUCAUAAUAAUAAAAAGCAAAUAUUAUCAAGAAAUAAACUAUAUACAAAUAAUAAUUAUUUACAAAAAAAUAAAGAUAAUAUACUUAACAAUACAUCUAUUCAAUACAGAAAUAAAUAUAAUGAAAUAAAUCCUGAAUUUUAUCUAGACAAUAAUUAUAUUAUUAUAAAUUUUUUAGAUUUACAUAUUUUUACAACUGAUAAUAUUACAGCUUUCUCAUUUACUAAAUCUUUCUACGAUUCGGUUUAUUCAAAAAGUAGAAACAUAAAAUAUAAUUUUAAAGAUCAUCAAAAUAUGAAUAAUAUAAAUAAUACAAAUAAUUUAAAUACUACUAAUAAUGGUAAUACCACAAAUAAUAGUAGUUGUAAUAAUAAUAUAUCUAACAUUGUAGAUAUGUGUGUUAAUCAAUUAUAUAUAUUCCUUCUAUUAGAAGAAAAAUUAAUUAUCAUAAGCAAUCUAAAAUUUAAAAAAGUAUAUGAACAAAAACUUGAUACAGAAACAUACGGUCAAGCCAUAAGAAUCAUCAAAGAUCAUUCUGAUAAUCAAGUAUGGUUAUGCACUUCAAAAUAUAUUUUUAAAAUCGUGCAAAAUAAAAAAAAUAAUAAUAUCAUGUAUUUUAAUUUUAAAAAAAAAUAUAAUUGUAAACAAAUUAUGCAAUCAAACUCGUAUACACAAAAAAUUAAAAUGACCAAUUUUAUUUUAAAAAAUAAUAAAUAUGAUAUACAUCAAUAUAAAUAUACUAAUAUACGCAUAGACGAAAAAUUAAUAUCAUUCUUACAUAAACAACAAUAUUUUAAUAUUUCCUCAUUUCUUUAUAAUAAUAUACAUUGCUAUAAUAAUGUUAUCAGAAUAGCUCUAUAUAUUUGGCUCAUACAACUUUAUAUUUAUUCAAUCGAUCUAUAUGCUUAUUUGUUUAGUUCUACUUCAUUUUAUUUUAAUACAAAAGGAAAAAAUAAUAUUUUUAAUAAAAAUUAUAUGCUCCAACGCAAACGAAAAAAUCACAACAAAAGUGACUUCUCAUGCUUAACACCGAACGGAAACGAUGUAGAUCGUGAUUUUUCAAUGAAGGGUAAGGAAAAUAAUGAAAUCAAACAAAAUUAUUGCCGUUCAGGUGAUUUGGGUUUUGGGUCAGGCAAUUCGUUAACAGGGUCAGGUAAUUCUCUAUCAGGGUCAGGCAAUUCGCUAACAGGGUCAGGUAAUUCUUAUUCAAAAUCAGGCGAUAACUACUCAUGGUCAGAUAAUUUUAAUUUUGGUUCAGAUAAUUUUUACUCCGAGUCACAUAGUUCCAAUUACGAUUCAUUACAGAAUAAUAACCUCACCACAUCAGAAUUAAGUGUUGAUGAGCCUAGGCCAAAUAAUGGUAAGAUAAAUACAAAUAAUAUGGAAGAAAUAAAAAAAAGCGAUAUUAGAAAAAAUGAUGAGGAUUGUAAUAAAAUAUCUAGCGAUUUCUUUGCAAAUAUACGACGUGAUGAUAAAAAGGAAGAAGGAGAAAUAUUAGACCCUCAGAAGGACAAAAUAGAGAGUGAUAAUAAACGUGGAAAUAUAACUAUAACCCCCGAUAAUUUUAUGAAGAACAAAAAAAAUAGGUCUUAUUUUAAAAAUAAGAACGAUAAAUUGUUAAGAAAGAAUAAAAGCAUGUUGUUGCGUUUUUAUGAUGAAAUAAUAAAUAGAGAAGAAAGGAAAGAGAUUAAAUAUCAUUUCGAUUUUAAUAAAGGGAAGAAAAUAAAUCUUAAAGCAUUAAGUGAAAAUGAUGAUUUUUAUAUAUUAUUAAAAAUAUAUAGAAUGAAAAAUACUGAGAUAUAUAAUUUUUUAAAAAGUCAAAAGAAUAUAAUAAUGAAUGAUAUAGAAAGAUAUAAAGAAAUGUAUAUAAAUAAUGAUAUGGAUAUAAAUAAUAAUAUAAAGUUGAAAAAGAAGAUAUAUGAAGAUAUAUAUUCAUAUAAGUGUCUAGAAGUAUGUAUAUAUAUAAUAAUAUUAUUAAAACAUUUUAAAAAUUUUUUUCAAUUAAAUGAUAUAAUAAUUGAAAUUUUUUAUAAUUUUAAUAAAAUGAAUUUUUUAUUAUUAUAUAAAUUUUUAUGUAAUGAUUAUAAUUAUAUAAUAAAUUAUUAUAUGAAUAAUAAUAAAUAUAAUUUACUCUUUAAUAUAUUAUUAUUAUUACCUCAGAAUAUAUUAUUAGAUGUUUUAAUAGAACAUGCCUUUACUUUAUUUUUACAUAAGCCACACAAAUAUGUAGAUAUGUUAAUAUAUUAUGACAACAUAAUUGAAGAUUAUACACAUAUAGUUAUGUGUAUGUUUAUGGUCAUCUACUUUUUUAAAAAUAGAAACCAUAAUAAAAAUAUAGAGGUCACCAAAAAAUUAUAUAAACAAGAUGAAAAUGUAAACCAUAAUAUAAAUUUAGAAGAUAAUAUAAAUUUAGAAGAUAAUAUAAAUUUAGAAGAUAAUGUAAAUAUUGAACAUAAUAUAAAUGUUGAACAUAAUAUAAAUGUUGAACAUAAUAUAAAUAUUGAACACAAAAUAAAUGUUGAAAAUAAAAUAAAUUCACAAGAUAAUUUAACUUCAAGAGAAAAUAUAUACCUUUAUAACAAACCAUUAAAUUUUAAAUAUCAAAAUAAACAUACAGAAGAAUGCAUAAGGUUUCUAGAAUAUUUGACAAACAAAUUAAUAGAAGAAAAUGUUUUAGAGAAAAAAGAAAAUGACGAAAAUGAAAAUUAUAUUUAUACAUUUCAAUGUACGUGGGAAAAACAUUAUAUUAUAAAUUGUUUAUUAAUAUUAUAUAUUGAAGAAGGAAAUAAUGAAAAAAUUAAAAAUUCUUUAAAGAAAUUUAAAAGUGCAAAUAUCCAUUUUGAUUAUUUAUUUAUUAUAAGAUUUUUAAAAGAAAAAAAAAAAGAAAUGUUUAUACCUAAUAUUUAUAUUCUUAUGAAAUAUUUUGAAGAAGCUGUUGAUAAAGCACUUGAAUUAAAUGAUUAUAAAACAGCCAAAAAAGCUGUGAUUUUAUGUCAUGAUGAAGAAGAAAAAAAAAAAUUAUUUAUUAAAAUAAUCAAACAUAUAUCAAAAAAUAUAAAUGAUAAUAAUUUAAAAGAAAUUAUUAAUUUAGUUAGAGAUUCAAAUUCCAUUUUAAAUCUACAUGAUAUCCUACCUUAUAUAAAUGAAACCAUUAUUAUAGAAUAUUUAAAAAAAGAUAUCUGUAAUUUGUUAGAUAUAUAUAAUUUAAAAAUUAAAGCAAAACAACAAGAAAUAGAAGAAAACCUACAUACUAUAGAUUUAUUAAAUAAAGAUAUAAAAAAUAUUCAAAAAAAAUAUGUUAUAUUAAAUAAAAAUGAUAUAUGUUAUAUAUGUAGAAAAACUAUUUUUUAUAAAAAAUGUUAUGUCUUUUCUUGUAAUCAUUAUUUUCAUAGUGAAUGUGCUCUUAAUAUUUAUAUAAAUAAUAAAUCCAAAGAAGAACUUUUCGAUUUUUACACAAUACUUCAACAAUAUAAAAAUUCAAUACUUACCAAAAAUGACAAAGAAAUUAUGAUUUGUGAAAAUAAAAUUGAUGAUAUAUUAACAGAGGAGUGUUAUAUAUGUGGUUCCUUUUCUCUCGCAUCCAUUUCUCAGCCUUUUAUUUCGCCUAAUGAGUAUGAACUCAGAGAUACAUGGAAUAUAUCCAAUGACUGA